UGCGGCUUGUGUACACUAGUGUCUUAAGAUACUCCUACAAAAGGACAUCUGAACUGUUGAGGUCUGGGGACCUUGGUGGCCAUUCUUGGAGCCCACCGCGGCCAAUCCAACGAUUUGGAUAAACAGUUUCAUCAUGCAUGUACCAAAUAUUGUUUCUUAUUACGAACGGAACAUCAUCAAGCAGCAAAGGCAACUGUUGUUGAAGAAAAUUGAGAUAAAGUGGACCUCCGGUAAUCCGACAAACAUUAUGCAGGGCAUGUGUCGGACUAUCGAAUUUGUCGGAUUAUAGAGCACUGCCUAAGACCACCUGUAGUCCGGAAUUUUUUACAAAAGAGUACCUUGUAAUCCGACAAAUUACAUAUCCAAUGGUAAG